AUGCUUAUCAAGCAGUGGGCCCCACCGCCUCCGGUCAGCCUCCCCUCGUCGGACCCCUCCGUCUCCACCCGGAGCUCGUCGAACGCCACCGUCAAGCUAUGCUCUCCUCCCGACGUGACGUUUACCGUCAUCGCCAGCCUCAGUCCGAACACCGCUCCCCCGGCCUCCCACUCCCGGGCGAGCUCCGGCACCAUCACGUUGUCCACGUCCACCAUCCCUCCCCCUCNCCUCCACCCGGACCCUCAACUCGCCCCUCGCCCCGCCCUCCACCCCGAACGCGCGCUCGGACGAGAACCCGAGGAUGUAUCCCCGGUAGAGGACCACGGAACGCACGUGCCGGAACCUGAACGACGCAUCUCGGUUCCCAUUGGCGACGAGGAGGGUCGCGUCCCAGAAGGCCGUCAGGCCGACUGGGCCCGCGGUGAAGUUGGAGACUCGAAGGGACGAGACCUCGAAUUCCGGGGCCUUCACGCCGUAGAGGAACCAGACGGCGAGGCUCGUCAUGCACAUGCACGCGAGGAGGAGUGUCGUGAGGACGAGCAUGAAGCGGCCGAACGUGGCCGGACGGGGCGGGGGGCCCACCGGAGAAGGCGGCGGUUGGUGGUGGUAGUAGUAGUUGUAGUGGUCGGGCGGGUAGGGUUGCGGAGGCCCGACGGGUAUGGCGGGCGGUGUUUAAACUUGAGGAAUAGGUACUCCCUAGCACCUCUUAGUAGGUCAUUUGGAUCGGGAACAUAUCGGAUGCGACUAACCCAGACCGGAGGCAGCUCAGAAGAAACUAGCUCGGCUCGAAUUGGACCAGGCCCGCAGUUAUCGUCGGGAUAUAUAUAUAGUGUGCUGUGUGCGUACCCGAAUCGUCUGACGAAAGACCUGUAUGCGGGCAGUAGAACCUCAGCAACCGCUAGCCUCAGAGAUUCUCGUAAUUCGCUGUCAGGGACUGUCCAUUGGGACUGCCUCUGCACGUUGAAGUUUCUGAACCUGUCUUUCACCAUUGCUCUCGAAACACUCGAUGUGCUGCCGAUUUCCAAGAAUGAGCUGCUGCCGCCUGACUGCACCCCCUGA